AGAUGGAAAAAAAAGAUUUGGCUAUUAAAAAUUGUGAUGGAUGUACUGCUUUUUUUCUUGCUGCUGCAUCUGGAAGGGUGGAACCUGUCAAGCUGAUGUUUGGGAAGAAUACAGAGUUACCAAGUAUCCGUGGACAUGACGAGAUGUUACCAAUUCACAUAGCAGCUCAGGGCGACUAUAAAGAGAUGGUGACGUACCUUUAUGGAGUCACUAAAGAUAAAUUAACAGAAGAUGAUCUCAUCGAAUUGCUUCCUGAUCUGAUCGCUAGAGUUGAUUUGUUUGAUGUUGCAUUGAAUUUGCUUGAUGAAUACCCUAGUUUAGCCACCAAGAGUUUGAUGGGGAGGACAGCGUUGCAUGUCUUGGCUGGAGCACCCAUGAUGUCUCGUGACUCUGCAAAUCAAAUUCAGCAAGGAAUUUUGAAGAGAUGCUUCAACCUAUUUUCCGGCAGCAAGAAGUUGCCCCAUGAAAAGCUACCCUGGAAGGCACUUAAACUAGCCAAACUCCUUCUAGACAAAGUAGAUUGUCGUGACAACAGGAUUCAGUACGUAAUAAAGGUUGCUGUGGAAGAAGAAAACAUCGAAUUUUUAAGUUUAAUUAUUUGUGAUUAUCCCGAGUUGAUAUGCAAAAUUGACAGAGAUCACGUGGCCUAUUAUUUCGCAAUGCUGUUUUGAAACGUCAGAAGGAUAUAUUCAAACUGCUCAUAAACAAUAUGGUCCAUCAUUUACCAAAAUUGCUUAGUACAAA